UUAAAUUUUUUGUUAUGUACAUUAUUUAGCUAUCUCAGUCCUCUAAAUUUUGAAUUUAUUUUUAAUAUUUUUUUUAUAUUUUCUGCUUCAUUUCUGUGUUUAUUUAUUCAUAUUCGCUUUUUCUUCCUCAAUUCGUCCUUCGCUUGGCUCUUAGCUCAAAUGCAAAUGACCCUUUCUGUUUACCUUACAUUUAUUCCUAUCUAAAUGGGAGGAGGACGCUGUGUCUGGGACUAUUUUUGCAUUGAUUGUGGCCAUUUAGAGAUGCUUAUAGUGUCCCCCAUUUUGUUAAAACAUAACACACCUCUGUCCAUUUUUAUUCUUUCCCUCCCUUUUAUUUUUCAAGGGUUCUUAGAGCUUAGAUUUUUAAAUUAA